UGGUUCAACUAUUGCCCUCCGGAAAAAACCCUUACAACCCCUUACUGUUUGUGUAAUUGACUAAAACUGUGAUAAUUCUUUCCUUAGAGAAAAAAGGGCCAGAACUGAAUUCAAGUAUUUCUUAUCAUUUAAGAGAUAAUAGUGCAAAAUCGGCUUAAAGAGAGUAAGUAUUUACCUGUCUACGCUUAGGUUAACAAUGCGAAAGCCUCAGGAUCAUAGGUGAAGGGUUGUAGUGGCCAUCAUCAGAAUUUCUCCCUUUUUUAACUUCAGAGCUGAAAGAAGAAAUCCAUUUGUAAAGAUAAAAUUAUUUUAUAAAAGAAGAUGGCAUUAAUUUCAGGGCCUUAUCCAUACUGUAGUACCAUUAUUCCAACGAAGUCAAGGUUAAAUUCUCAUUCUCUAUCCGCGGGAGCAUCCACAUGCAUAUCUACAAGGAUAUGGACAUGCAGCCCUGCAGAACAUCAAAAAUCUCCCCUUUUGCGAAGUGGGUUGUUGGGAAUUGUUGCUUGCUUCCCUGCUCCUUCAUCAUUUGCUUCAGAGGAAUGUGCUCCUCGCGAGUUAUUGAUAAACACAAAAAAGCUCUUUGUUAGCGGUCUUUCCUUUUUAACCACUGAAGAUAGUUUUAGAAAAUGUUUUUCACGCUUUGGUCAACUUGUAGAAGCAAAAAUCAUAAUGGAUAAGUUUGCUAAACGAUCAAAAGGGUUUGGCUUUAUUGAAUAUGCUACUGAAACUGAAGCACAGGAAGCAAUACUAGGGAUGGAUGGAAAGUUUUUGGAUGGCAGGGUCAUUUUUGUGGAAGUUGCAAAACCUAGGUCACUUCCUCUGCCAAGGGCCACAGGGCCUCCUAAGUUUUCAUGAGACACUAUUGAAUUGGUUGAGGGAAGCCACUGAAUUGAGUCAAAACGGCUAUAAGGUGUUUGUACCUGUUUACAAAAUUCUUUAAGUGUAUUGUUUAAUGGAUACGAAGGAUAACCUUGUUGAAUGGCCAGAGUUUGAUGGGGCAAGAAUUGAUCAUCUUGACUACUGUGAUGUGUAUGAUUAAAAGAAUUUUAGAUGUAAUGAUGCAUAAAUGGAAUGCAUUCCAAUAAUAAGAGUUUUUAAGUA